CUAUGCAUUCUACAACCAGUCUGAAGAACGACUCAGUGCUGCGCGGUAUAUUCUUUGAGCGUCUCCUCUUAACUAUUGUGGCGAAGUUUAAAAGUGUUCUGAUUGCCCAUACAAUAAAAAAAUGUUUUAUUGCGUUCAAUCGAAUAUCAAUUAAUUAAAUAUUUAUGUGUUAAAUAUACCAUAUAUAUGAACCGAAGUGAAUUGUGGAUUGAUUUGAAACGAAAUUAAAAAAAAAUGUUUGGAAUACAAUUUAACUCUAUUUCCAUUAAUCGUCGAAAACGGUUUUUGGUAUUAUUUGCGACAACAUUCCUUUUAUUAUACUCUGUGCAGGCCCAAUUCGAUGAUGAAGUUGAUUCCGUUAUAAAUUUACCCAGUUUGGGUUCCAUUCAAGGAAAAGUUAUACAGACAGCUUGGUCGAAGCGCCAAGUAUUACAGUUUGUGGAUGUCAAAUAUGCAGAAGCUCCUACCGGGAAAUAUCGAUUCAAGCCUCCGCGACCCGUAGAACCAUGGGAUGACGUCAUGGAUGCCACAACAGAGAAAAUCGGUUGUCCAUCGGUUGUUUCAAUGGAAACUUUAAAGAAACUGGAUGAUGUACUGGAUAUUGAAGACUGUCUCACGUUAACAAUAACUACACCUAACAACACAGGUCGAUUUCCAGUUUUAGUAUAUGUACACGGAGAGUAUUUGUAUGAGGGUAGUAACUCUGAAGCACCUCCUGAUUAUUUGCUAGAAAAGGAUAUUGUAUUGGUGACACCACAAUAUCGACUGGGCCCAUUUGGUUUCCUAUCAACAAAAACCGAUGAAAUUCCUGGUAAUGCGGGCGUACUUGACAUAUACUUGGCAUUACAAUUCGUCAAACAUUUCAUAAAAUAUUUUGGUGGCGACGAAAAUCAUGUGACGCUAGCGGGUCAAGUGGGCGGUGCAGCUAUAGCACAUUUGUUGGCCAUUUCCCCAAUAGUACAAAAAGGACUCUUUCACCAAGUGAUCUAUCAUUCCGGCUCCGCACUGAUGCCAAUAUUUCUGGAAGGUAAUCCCCGUCAGUUAGCCCAAGAGAUUGCUGAGAAAGCCGAAUGUAAAAUGAAAACUGUGCGGGAUUUAAAUGAAUGUUUGAUGGACUUGUCACCGCUAGAAUUGCUCAGUGCAUUUAUGACCCACGCUCUCGAAAAGUCCGAUUUGGGAGUGGGUUACACUGGUGGUAUUCAAUUUACAAUUGGUGGACCAAGUGGUGUCUUGCCCAAGCAUCCUUAUGACCUUAUACUGAAUUCGAACUUCUCAUAUCCGGCAAUGGGAGGAUGUCCAAAAAAUGUUGGCUCAAGAGUUUUGAACGAAAUCGUGGAAAAUGAUUUCGAGGGAACCAUACCAGACGAUGACUAUAACACAUAUGACUAUAUUGAUCAUAUCAUUCGUCAAGUGGUGGGCACUGAUAAAACGAUGUUGUUGACGAGCUUUGUCACACACGACUUUUUCAAUAGAAAGUUAAUGGAAAAUGGUACAUUCGGCACUCUGAUACCCCGUUUAAUUGACGUCGGUGGCACCUUAAUGCAUAAACUACCGGUGCUUUUAGCUCUCAACAUGAAUAAUAAACACGUUCCUGAAAAUACAUUCCUCUAUUCAUUUGAUUACAUGGGUGAAUUUAAUCGGUAUCGCGAUUUGGAUGAGGAAACCAACCUGCAGAGUCCUUUCAAGGCGGGUGUGUCUCUUACAGACGAAGCACUGUAUCUCUUUCCGUAUCCACAACAUGUUACCAAUUUGAGUCCGCCCGAUAGGACAAUGGCCAGCCGUAUGGUAGACUUGUGGACUUCAUUUGUGAUUAACGGAAAUCCAUUUAGUGAUGUCCGCGCAGGAUAUUGGCCACCAAUGACCACUUUGUAUGGUCCAUAUAUGAAAAUAGACGAUACUUUAACAGUAAGCGGGAAUUACUUUAAGGAGUUCUCAGCAACAUUAAUAGACGAAGAAAAUGGACACAGUUUAAUCAGAGAAAUUUAUUACCUACGAAAUAACCGAGCGAAAAAACGACAACAAAUUAAACGUAAUAGGCGACGAAAGCUAAGUGGGAAAAAAUCUUUAGUUAAGCGCACAUAUCCUUCUAAAAUGCGUGCUUAAUUGGUGAUACCGACUUGUGUAUAUUAAUUCGAAGAAUCUUUCCAAAUUUUAUAUAAUUUAAAAUCCUAUAUAGUAUUUAUGUAAUAUAUAUACAUUUAUUAAUCAACAAAUGAACUGAAAUUGUAUUUUAAAUAUACGCACACAAAUAAAUAUU